CCCCGGGGCCCGCCCUCGCUCCGAGCGGGGCCUCUUAACGCAGGGGCACCGCAGCAGCGCCACUCUGUCAGUCUCCCCAACGUCCGCUGCGCGGUACGCCGCCCAUCCGCCCGCCCUUUACCGGCGCCGGGCCGCCCGCCGCGGACCCGGGGCGGACCAUGCGCCCUCCUAGACCUCCGCCCGCCCGCUGGCUCUGCGUGCUGGUCGGCGCCCUAGCCUGCGCCCUCGGGCCAGCGGGCGGCUGGGAAGUCGGGCUGCAGCAGGAGGAGUGUGACUAUAUGCAGAUGAUCAAGGUACAGCACAACCAGUGCCUGAAGGAGGCCCAGCUGGAGAAUGAAACAACAGGCUGCAGCAAGAUGUGGGACAACCUCACCUGCUGGCCAGCCACCCCUCGGGGCCAGGUGGUCGUCUUGGCCUGCCCUCUCAUCUUUAAACUCUUCUCCCCCAUUCAAGGCCGCAACGUGAGCCGCAGCUGCACCGACGAGGGCUGGACGCCCCUGGAGCCUGGUCCCUACCCCGUUGCCUGUGGCUUGGAUGACAACGCAUCGAGUUUGGAUGAGCAGCAGACAAUGUUCUACAGUUCUGUGAAGACUGGCUACACCGUCGGCUACAGCCUGUCCCUCGCCACCCUCCUUGUCGCCACUGCCAUCCUGAGCCUGUUCAGGAAGCUCCACUGCACGCGGAACUACAUCCACAUCCAUCUCUUCGUAUCCUUCAUCCUGAGGGCCACCGCUGUCUUCAUCAAAGACUUGGCCCUCUUCGACAGCAGGGAGUUGGACCACUGCUCCAAGGGCUCGGUGGGCUGUAAGGCUGCCGUGGUGUUAUUCCAGUACUGUGUCAUGGCCAACUUCUUCUGGCUGCUGGUGGAGGGCCUCUACCUGCACACCCUGCUCGCCGUCUCCUUCUUCUCCGAGAGGAAGUACUUCUGGGGGUACAUAUUCGUCGGCUGGGGGGUGCCCAGCACAUUCACCAUGGUGUGGACCAUCAUCAGAAUCCAUUUUGAGGAUUACGGAUGCUGGGACACCAUCAUCUCCUCACUGUGGUGGAUCAUAAAGGCCCCCAUCCUCGCCUCCAUCUUGGUGAACUUCAUCCUCUUUAUUCGCAUCAUCAGAAUCCUGGUUCACAAACUGCGGGCCCCAGAUGUCGGGAAGAGUGACAGCAGCCCAUACUCGAGGCUGGCCAAGUCCACCCUUCUGCUGAUCCCCCUGUUUGGAGUGCACUACAUCAUGUUUGCCUUCUUCCCCGACAACUUUAAGGCUGAAGUGAAAAUGGUCUUUGAGCUCGUCGUGGGGUCUUUCCAGGGUUUUGUGGUGGCCGUCCUCUACUGCUUCCUCAAUGGCGAGGUGCAGGCAGAGCUGCGGCGGAAGUGGCGGCGCUGGCAUCUGCAGGGCGUCUUGGGUUGGAAACCCAAAUACCAGCACCCGUCAGCAGGCAGCAGCGGGGCCACGUGCAGCACUCAGGUCUCCAUGCUGACCCGCGUCAGCCCCGGCGCGCGCCGCUCCUCCAGCUUCCAGGCCGAAGUCUCCCUGGUCUGACCGCCAGGUGCCCAGGCGGGUGGGCGGCCCCUCCCGUCGGUACCGCCCCCCACCCUGCGCGGCAGCGGGGGCAAAGGCCUGCCAGGCGAGGUCAGCCCCAGCCCUGAGCUCGGAGGCUGCCCGGGCACCCCCAGCUCACUGUCCGGAAGCCCCUGGAGAACGCUGCCCUUGCGCCUGCCUGGGGAGACGAUGGGGGAGAGCUGGGAGCUCCUACCUAGAAGAUGAGGGGUGGAGCUCAGUCUUCAGACUCCGCCCCCAAAGGCCCCCUCCGCCCAUUAAGGGCAAGAAAUCUGCAUACUCUCACCUGAUUCCACGGCCUGGUAGAUCUCGCUACCCAUCCGAGGAGGGCCACCGCCUAUCCCCUGACAAUGCAUGUGGGAACGUGGUGUGAUCUGAGGGGACAAAGGUCUUGCCCCAAAAGGUCACCUGCCACCGCCACCUCGACAGUGCCUGAAGUUCCACCAUUGCUGUCAGUUUCCUUUGGGUUAAGCAUCACCAUUCAGGCAUCUCUCCAAAGACGCGGUCCCCUCCCUCAGUGCCUCCUCAUAGCUGCCAGCUCUUCAAGGUGAAUGAGUUUUUCUGCCUCCGGCAGAUGCGGUUGUAAACGAGGGGUUUUGGUUUGGGGAGGGCAGCUAUCUUCAUAGUCCCCGCUAAAGUGGAGUCAUCCCGGGAUGGCUGGAACAAUUCCAGGAGCUUGCCACCAGCCCUACCAAUCCUUAUGGGCUGUGGGAGCUGCCCCUGGCUGCCUACCUAUGUGCCAACUAUUAGGACCGGGCUCAGAGAUGUACACUCUUGGGCCCCUUAAUCCUCAGAGCAACCCAGCAAGGCGGGCACUACUGUCCCUAUUUCACACUGAGCCUCACAGAGAGCAGGUACCUCAUCUUGUCACACAGACAGCAUUUGAACUCAGAUCUUGCUGAUGGGAAAGUGAAAGCACAGACUCUUAACUGCUGCCUUUUAUAUAUUGUAGCAAGCUGGAUCCUCUUGCUUAUUUGUAUCACCACUGAUAUUGUUAUUACCACCAUCCCGCAAACCCCAUUCCCACCCCACCCUCCCUGGAGUGUGGCUGAGGAGUCCCCCAGCCCAUGUAUCAUCUGGACAAGAGCCUGGUGGCUGUCAUGUCCUGUGUCCGCCCUGCACCCCUGUGGCCACACGGCUUCCUACUCACGCCCCAGCCAGAAGAUCCCCUUGGGACUGCAAACAGGCUUGUGCAACAAUAAACACUGGGUUGGAUU